AUGGUGACAGGCGAUGCAGUCGAAGGAAUGUCUGGUCUGCAUGCAGCAGUCCAUUUCAAUCUCACGUAUUGGGCAAAUCAUCUCAUCGAGUCUCGAGGCAGCAUCCGAGAAACAAACCCGAACAAGUUUGAUAAUCUUAGAGAAACGCCGCUACACAAAGCUCUUAUCAAACCGAUAGUCAACGACGUUGAUAUUGUCAAGGCAUUAGUCAGGUACGGCGCAAAAUUAGACUUGAAGGGCCCGAGAGGCUAUUCUGCAAUGACUUCGGCCAUUCGAUAUGGUCCAUCGUCAAUUGCAAAAGUUUUGGUCGUGAGCCAAACAGACCUGGACGUCGAAAUCUUCGAAGGCUGGACAUCUUUUUGGCAGGCAUUCCAUCAUGGCCGUGAAAUCAUUGGCAAAAGUAAGAUCGGACCUAGCAAGGCGAAAGGAUCGCAAUCUCUCAGACAAGCUGUUGAAAGCCAUGCGCAGUACUUGACAGACCUAUUAUUGGAGAGAGGGGUGGAUAUGAAUAACCUUUCUAGGGAUGGUUGGAUUCCCCUUAAGCACGCGAUUCGCUACAUGCACAACGAUCCUUCAAAGAUUGAGAGAUUAUUGAAGAGAUAUCCCAACCCAUCCAAUCCGAGGAUCGCAGCUGGCGCAAUUUCCAACAACAGACCAGCUAUAGUCAAGCUCCUCAUUGAGCAUGGGGCAGACAAAGACAAAGCGUACGAGAACGGAUCGACGUCAUUAAUCGAUGCUAUCAACAAGAAUCACAUGGGCAUUGUUUGGGUUCUUGUCGAUCAGGGGGCAUCCAUCAACGAAACGGACAUCAAUGGCCACGCUGCUCUUACUCGCGCAGUCUUGGAGAAUGAAAAAAGCAUUAGUUGGCUCCUUACUGCCAAGGGUGCUUCCAUUUUCUGCCCCAUAGAAGACCUACCAAACCUAUUUUGCUGGUCUCUCGCAUACAACGAUCUCUCACUAGCAUGGUUUCUGUGUCAACGUCAGAAAGUCGCCGAUAUUCCCAACGAUCAAGGGAUGACACCACUUCAUUGGCCUGUGAGAGAUAGCCAUCUCGACGCAGUGAGGUUUCUGGUACAGCAAGACGUCAGAUUAAAACUAAAAGACUCAAAGGGCAAUACGCCACUUAUUCUGGCAACGCUUGGAAGAGAAAUCGCGAUUAUGAAGCCACUCCUCGGAUAUGGCGCCUUAGCAGACGGUCGAGACAACCAAGGAUUGAGCGCGCUUCCCCACGCCUCAAGGCUUGACUUUCAUGAGGGCGUCCAAGUACUGUUGCGUUGGAGCAGUGAUAGAAACUUGGUGGACUCCAAAGGCUUCAAUGCUCUACAUCAUGCCGUCGUAAGCGACAAUGGUGAUGAUGCGCUCAUACUUUUGACUACAGCUUGUGUGCGCUUGGAAAGAUACGAAGAACAUGGCCGGAAGCCAUUGAUGCUAUGUGCGCAACUUGAUAGGCUGUACAGGGCUAAACAGUUUUUGUUGGAUGGGACCAAGUCAGGUGCACCCUGCCCCCGGGGAUGGAAUGCUCUAAAACAUGCGGAGCACUAUGGUUCCGAGAACGUGCAAGGCCAUCUUGAAUUCCUUGAUCGAGAUAUCUGAG